AUGGAACCUUUUAGAUAUCCAAGAAAACCCCGUCACCCACCCACUAACAAUAUUAAUAAUUAUACAAUAAAACAAUUAGCCACCCAAGAAAAUGAACCUCUUAGCAAUGAAACUUUUGCUGAAAAAGCACAACCACAAGCACAACCACAGCCACAACCGCAACAACAACAACAACAACAACAACAACAACAACAACUACAACAACAACUUGAAAAUCUACAAUCACAAUUAAAACUACAACAAAAAAUAAAUCGAGAACAACUAAAACAAAUAUUAGAACAAGAACUAAAAAUUGAAGAAAAAAAAUCAAAAGAAUUAAUUCCAAUGAUUAAUAAUUUAAUGACAUACAUUAAAGGUCAAAAAAACAAUAAUGAAAAUAUAAUAUUAAAUAAUAUUGAAGAGUUUGUUUCUAGAAUUUUAGAACAAGCAUCAACUGAAUAUGAAAAUUUAAGGACAGAUAAUCAAUUUUGUGUUGAUACAAUUCGUAAAUUGAUAUUAAAAGAUGCAAGUCGGGAUAAUUAUAAUAAUAAUAAUAAUAAUAAUAAUAAUAAUAAUAAUAAUAAUAAUAAUAAUAAUAAUAAUAAUAAUAAUAAUAAUAAUAAUAAUAAUAAUAAUAAUAAUAAUAAUAAUAAUAAUAAAAAUAAUAAUAAUAAUAAUAAUAAUAAUAAUAAUAAUAAUAAUAAUAAUAAUAAUAAUAAUAAUAAUAAUAAUAAUAAUUAUAAUAUCAUUGAUAGAUUAUUAAAAGAUAAUCAAGAAAUAUUAAAAAAUACAAACAUUUUAUUAAAUGGGAAGCAAUUUGAACCGUUAAAUGAUUUAAUUUCGAAAUUGGAUGUAACUCAUGAAAUUUGUCUUCAUUUAAAAGAAAUGGAAAGUGAAAAUAUCAAAAAGAAAAGUGAGUUUUCUUUUCAAAAAACUAAAGAUGAUAGUUCUUUAUGUUUUGGUUCAGAAAAUCCUAUCAAAAAGAAAAGAUCUUUUACAGGUGUUAAUAAUAAUAAAAAUCCAUAUAAUAUUAAUCCAAAUAAUAAUAAUCCAAAUUAUAAUAAUUAUAAUAGUUGCUAUAAUAAUAAUAAUAAUAAUAAUAAUAAUAAUAAUAAUAAUAAUAAUAAUAAUAAUAAUAAUAAUAAUAAUAAUUAUAAUAAUAAUACUGGUGUUUUAAAUAAAUCUGUUAUUUCAGGCAUUUUUGGAUCCUCAUCUCCUAAACAAAUAAUUGGAAUUAAAAUCAAAAUUGUUUCAAAUAAUAACAACUCCAAAUUUUUUGAUCCAGUUAAAUCUUAUUUCAACAAGCUCCAAACAUAUCCAUCAUCAAAUAACUCACCAAAGAACUUUAUAUUAAAUUUCGAAAAGGGUGAUUAUACUUCAAUAGUAAAUAGUGAUGAAAAAAUUAGUAAAGAUACAUAUGUAUUGUUUGUAAUAUUUUGCCAUGGUGCUCGAGUUAUCUAUGAUACAUAUUGCGAUCAAUUAGAAGCUUUAUCCAAACAUUGUAAUGUAAUUUUAACAUUUUUUAUUGGUGGGGAGAAAACUCAACCUAUAGUUCUAAAUGAUUACUCCAAAACAUUAUUAAAUUUUCAUUACUCUAUGGAACAAAUAAAGGAAACAAAAGUUUCAGAAGAAUCAAGAGAUAAAUUAAUUAGUCAUAUCAAUCAAAUUUAUUUUAAUUAA